AAGGCAGCAAGCAAGGAUGGACGUGGCUGACAGCCUUCUUGCAAAUGGGAGCAACAUCAGUUCUCCAUGUGAACUUGGGCUCGAAAAUGAGACCCUCUUCUGCUUGGAGCAGCCCCAUUCCUCCAAAGAGUGGCAGCCGGCGGUGCAGAUUCUCUUGUAUUCCUUGAUAUUCCUGCUCAGUGUGCUGGGAAACACGCUUGUCAUCGCCGUGCUGGUUCGGAACAAGAGGAUGAGGACCGUCACCAACAUUUUCCUGCUCUCCCUGGCUGUCAGCGACCUCAUGCUCUGCCUCUUCUGCAUGCCGUUCAACCUCAUCCCCAACCUGCUCAAGGAUUUCAUCUUCGGCAGUGCUGUUUGCAAGACAACCACCUACUUCAUGGGUGCCUCGGUGAGCGUAUCCACCUUUAAUCUGGUGGCCAUAUCUCUGGAGAGAUACGGUGCAAUUUGCAAACCCUUACAGUCCCGGGUCUGGCAGACGAAAUCCCAUGCUUUGAAGGUGAUUGCCGCUACCUGGUGUCUCUCCUUUAUCAUCAUGAUGCCAUACCCAAUUUAUAGCAUCUUGGUGCCUUUUACCAAAAAUAACAACCAGACAGCGAAUAUGUGCCGCUUUCUUCUGCCAAAUGAUGUCAUGCAGCAGUCCUGGCACACAUUCCUGUUACUCAUCCUCUUUCUUAUUCCUGGAAUUGUGAUGAUAGUGGCGUAUGGACUAAUCUCUUUGGAACUCUACCAAGGAAUAAAAUUUGAUGCCAGCCAGAAGAAAUCUGCUAGAGAAAGGAAACUCAGCAGCGGCAGCAGCGGCAGGUACGAGGACAGUGACGGGUGUUACCUGCAGAAGUCCAGACCCCCGAGGAAGCUGGAGCUGCAGCAGCUGUCCACCAGCAGCAGGGUCGGCCGCAUCAGGAGCAGCAGCUCCACGGCCAACCUGAUGGCCAAGAAGCGGGUGAUCCGCAUGCUCAUGGUCAUCGUGGUCCUCUUCUUUCUGUGCUGGAUGCCCAUCUUCAGUGCCAACGCCUGGCGGGCCUAUGACACGGCCUCAGCUGAGCGCCGCCUCUCGGGGGCUCCCAUUUCCUUCAUCCUCCUGCUCUCCUACACCUCCUCCUGCGUCAACCCCAUCAUCUACUGCUUCAUGAACAGAAGGUUCCGCCUCGGCUUCAUGGCCACCUUCCCCUGCUGCCCCAACCCCGGCCCCCCAGGGGCGAGAGGAGAAGCGGGAGAGGAGGAGGAGGGCAGAACCACAGGAGCCUCUCUGUCCAGGUGCUCGUACAGCCAUAUGAUUGCCUCUGCCCCACCGCCAUGAGCUGCCCCGGGCCCCACACUGCAGAAAGAAGGAAAGAAUUGGGGGAGGAAGAAGAAGCGGAGUUAAAAAGAAGGCGGCAAUAGGGGGAGAAGGAGGAAGGAAGUGGAGAAGGAAGUCUCCAUUUUCAGUGGGAACUUUGCAUUGUCUUCUUUUCAUCUUUCAUCUGGGGCCUGGCAAGGGAGGCUCUUUAAGGGUGGGGUCAUGGCUUCGUUUGUAGACAGUUCAAGGCAGGAAAUUUUCAGGAACAUUCAUUGUAAGGGUAACUUGAGCAGGCCCGUAAUAACUGGAACCCAUGCUGCAAAUGUCAUUGCCAAACUCUUGUUCAAAACAGAGAUGUGGACCCUCCCUGCUGAGCUUUAGAAGGUUUUGGAACAUCUGAGGUGGGUACUCGUGCCCCAGGGAGAUGCACUUCUAUGCUCUGCUUCCACUAAUGCAGGAUUGUGGGGCCUGCUUUGCCUCUGGGUAGUCCAUCACUCUUUCAUGUGCAUACUGCAGCCCCCCACUUCCUUGUGAACACAAAAGGGAACUUGAUCUCUUCUGGCUAUUUUCUGUAAUAAGAGAACAAUCUCAGUUUUUCUUCUUGACGUCAGUUAUGGGCAUACCAUGACAUAAGAUUAUUCCAUCAUCAGAAUAGCAUAUGGAACAUUGUCUGAAAGAUGGAAAAGAAAAGAGAGUCUAUUUCUAAAAAGAAAAGAGAGAACGAGGUAAAUAGCUGGAUGGAAUGCUAUCUUACUAUAAAGAGUGUGAAGUGCCAGAAGGUACAUAGAGAUAUUUUGUCUACUUCAAUAAUAUAUGUGGCUUAAGGCCUCCUUUAUAUGGUGACAUUUAAUCCAAUGGCGUUUUUGUUUUUCGUUUGUUUGUUUUUGUUUUUUUUUGUGGUGGUGGUAGUGGUGGUUUUUGGCCUCAACUAAAUUUCUCAUACCAUCUGGCACUUCCUCUUUUCCAGAAAAACUUUCAGGUACAAAGGAGAUUGCAAAUUAUGUGUACCUGGCCAAGGGUGGAAACAUGUGAAAAACUGUUACACUUGACUCAGUCAAUUAAUAGCUUUUGGAUGUCAACGUUGUCAAUACAUUUAAAUACAACGUAUGUAUUUGCCAUUGAUUGUAUUAACUUUGUGUUUACGUGUAAACCAA